AUGGGCCCCCGUACCGACUCCUCAUGCUGCUGCCAGGCCCGUAAUCUGCCAUGGGCCCCCGUACCGACUCCUCAUGCUGCUGCCAGGCCCGUAAUCUGUCAUGGGCCCCUGUACCGCCUCCUCAUGCUGCUGCCAGGUCCAGAGUGUCUCAUGGGUCCCUGUACGGCCUCCCAUUGCUGCUGUCUCCAUCGCCACACUCUGCCAUGUGCCACUUUCAGGUCUCCUCACACUGCUGGUGGGUUCCAUUUUGUCAUAGGGUGCUGUAUGGCCUCCCAUUGCUGCUGCCUCCACCGCCACACUGUGGCUCCACACUCUGGUUUUGGCCCCGUGACUGCCCAAAUGAGUGAAGUGUGCGGUGAUUCUAAGAUCGACGGCACUCAUCUGCAUGUCAUACUGACUGACAGUAUUAUUUCUCUUCCCCCAGCAGACUCCAAGGGCAUUUAAAUUAAAGGUACAGUGUUCUGCACUAAUAUAA